UUAAGGGUUUUUUUAUAUUUUAUACUUGAGUAAUUUGAAAAUGACAUAUUUGUCAUUGCUUAUGAUUCGUGUGAGUGAAAGUCGAUUAUUCUUGAAAAAAGUUCAAUAAUUAUUUUCAAUACUUUAUAUCCCAAUCUCCCUAAGAAAUCAAGAUUAAGUUUAUGAAUAUCCAAAAAAUCCUAUCUUGAUCGGGACUCGCAACAAGCUUUUCGUAAUAUACCUGAAGGCAUUGUUUUAUUUUUUUUUGGAACGAUUAUGAGGAGAAUUUUUUUUUAUUAUCAAUCAAUGACUGUGAACAUUAAGUCAACCAUACGGUGGUAGCUUAUCAACGUCAUCUUAUUAUUAUUUUUAUAAAAAAAGAAAAUUCUUUCACAUCAACCUCUUCAAUGCUCAUCAAUGACGCCGUGGAUUAUUGGCUCUGGUGAGUCAACAUCUCAGACAGCUAAUUGCUAUUUAUUAUGAUGCACGCUAAUGGUGUUGUACACUCUAUAUAUGUAUGUGUGUGUGUUCAAGGAACCACCACUUCCCCGUGCGAAACAUCCGAGUCUGGUUUCCGAGAGUGCGGAGAGAUUUCACUUGUCUUAGAGAUGGCAAUGGUCCUGGAUUCAUUUGUUUCAAGAUACAUUGAACAAGUGACGGGCUUUGUUGAGGGAGAGAUAUGCAAAGUGCUGGGGGUGAAGAAGGAGAUCAAGACGCUGCAGGAGAAGCUGGAGAUGAUCAAAUGUUACCUCGAAAGUGCAGAGCGGAAAAGCCGUGGGGAUCCCGGCAUCGAGGCCUGGGUGAGGAAGCUGAAAGCCAUCAUGUACGAUGCCGACGACAUCAUCGAUCUGUGCAUGAUGGAAGGUGGCAAACUGUUGGAGGCUCGGGGAUCGGCAUCGGCUUCGGGGGUAAGCUUCGCUUUCAGCUUUGUUUCUUCUUGCUUUCGGUGUACCAAACAUCGCCAUGAGAUUGCGGGUGAAAUCGAAGCCAUUAAUGGUAGACUGAAACAAAUAGCUGAGGAUACCUCCAUCCUUAGUAAUCUACAGUCUUCUGGUAGUCACCAACCCCAACCCGAAAAACCAACUGUACUUGAGACGACUUCCUUGGAAGUCGAGGAGGACAUCGUAGGGGGACAAAUCGAAGUAGAUGCUGAUACUCUAAUCAAUGCCAUGCUAGAGGACACCAAACAAAAAUGUCGUAUUUUUGGGAUUGUUGGAAUGGGCGGAAUCGGGAAGUCCACUCUGGCACGUAAAAUAUUCAAUGAUGAAAGGAUGAGAGUCAAUUUUCCCAUUCAGAAAUGGUUGUAUAUCUCUAAGAAUUAUUCGGAGACGAAGUUACUCGGAGAGUUAAUUCGGUGCGCAUCUAACAAAUCUGAAGGAGGUGAAGCCAAACAAGAAUCUUUCGAGGGACAAAGCAAAUCAGAAUUGGAAAUCAAACUUGCCUCUCUCCUCACCAAAAAUUUAUUUCUCGUGUUGGAUGAUGUCUGGAGUGCAAAUUUAUGGAACGAUUUCCUCAGGAAACCACUAAGUAAAGCAGUAGGUUGCACGAUCUUAGUCACCACGAGGAAAGAAACUGUGUUAAAAGGUAUGAGACCCAGCUAUACCCACCCGGUGGAGAAAAUGGAUGUUAAUAGUGGCUGGAUGUUGCUUCGAAAUUUGGUAUUUGGAGCUGAGGAGGAGGAUGACGAGCGUAGGUUGAAAGAAGUAGGCAUGAAAAUUGUCAGAAAAUGUGAUGGUCUUCCCCUUGCCAUCAAAGCUAUCGCAGGUGUUCUUGUUUGUAAUGAUAGGAGCAUAGGGAAGUGGGAAGAAGUCCUCGAAAGUGAUGCAUGGAAUAUGAACCAGAUCGACGAUGAAGUACCGGGGGCUUUGAAUUUGAGCUAUGUGGAUUUACCAUCUCAUCUGAAACAAUGUUUUCUGUACUGUUCUUUGCACCCCCAGAAAAGUGAUAUGUAUUACAAGGAAAUCAUUCGGUUUUGGGUAGCUGAAGGCCUUAUCGCACAACAAGGAAAUAGGCUGUUGGAAGAUAUAGCCGAGGAAUAUUACCAUGAGUUAAUUUGGAGGAAUCUUCUACAAGUGGACGCAGGUACCUUAGGCCAGAAAAACUUCUCUAUGCAUGACCAUUUACGAUCUCUCGGUGCAUGUUUGAUGAAGGAAGAAGGAAAAUUAAUUAGACAUGGUCAAAAAUUAGAUGUUAGAGCCAAUGCAAAGAUCCGUCGGUUGUCAGUGUCUAAAAUGGGGAGUAAAUUGGUACUGCCAGAUCAAAUUAUGCAAGAGAAGUGUCUGAGAACCUUAAUUGUUAUCGAUUCCCCUCGAACCAAGAUAAUCGAGGAUAAUGUACUCAGAAUGUUACCACAUCUUCGAGUGCUGGAUCUGUCUUAUACAUCGAUCAAGAGACUUCCAGAUUGUAUCGGAGAUCUGUUGCAGUUGAGGUAUAUAGAUUUGGAUGAGACAAAUAUUUAUGAGAUACCAGAAUCUAUAGGACGCCUUGCAAACCUACAAACUCUGAACCUCUAUAAUUGCGCAUAUUUGCACAGACUUCCUAACGCGAUCACCAGACUGCACAGUCUACGAUGUCUUGAUAUUGAAAAUGUUCCUCUGACUCAUGUACCCAAGGGAAUCGGAAAACUGAUGGAUCUUAAUCAUCUCGAAGGAUUUGUGAUCGGCCACAAUGAUCCAACGAACGAGUUGCAUGAGGAGGGAUGUGACCUAGAGGAGCUGCAAGCUCUUUCUAAGCUCAGAUGUCUGAGAAUAUAUGUGCUAGAGAGGGCAGUAACAGGGGUCUCGGUACUUGCGGAUAAAACUCUUCUCAAGGAGCUGACAUUAAGUUGGAUGCCUCCAGAAGAAGAUGGUGAUGAUGAGGAAGAAGAUGGUGACGGUGGAGAUGACAGCAACUCUGAGAAUGAUGGAGGUGAGGACGAGAACAACAAUGACGAUGGCGAUGAUGAUGAUGAUGAUGAUGAUGAUGAUGAUGAUGAUGACGACGACGACGAUGCUGAUGAGGAUGAUGACAAUGAUGACGAUGAUGAUGAUGAUGAUGAUGAUGAGGAGGAGGAUGAGGAGGAAGGAAAUGAGGAGGAUAACAAAGAUGAGGAUGAGGGCCAAGGAGUGACAUGGACUGAGGAGCAGUUCCAGGCAGUUGAGAAGGUAUGCGAUGAACUCUCUCCCCCAUCCAGCCUGGAAGAUCUUAUCUUUCAACGAUUCCCCGGUCGGCAACUCCCAUGCUGGUUGAUGUCAACCUCACUAGACAAAUCCUUCCCUAAUCUGGCAUAUUUGAGGUUUUGGUUCCUCAAAUCAUGCACGGAACUGCCUCCUCUAGGCAUGUUGCCCCUUCUGAAACAUCUCGACAUCACCGGCGGUGAAGCCAUCAAAACCAUUGGGCCAGAGUUUCUGGGCCGCAAGUUCCCUGGAGCUUCCGCAUUUCCAAAACUUGAACAUCUGGAGUUUGACGAAAUGCCCAACUGGGAAGAAUGGUCAGUAUGGGGGAUGGAAGAAAAUGAUCAGGGACCGCACCUCAAGCUCUUUCCUAAUCUGAAGAUAUGCAAGAUCAUAGACUGUCCGAAACUGAGAGCUCUUCCAGAAGGCCUAUCCCAUGCUACCAAGUUGAAGGAAUUGUAUCUUGAUAGUACUCAAGACUUGAGAGAAAUCACAAACCUCCGGUUGAAUUACAAGCUCGAGGUCAAAGAUAACACGAUGUUGAAUAGAAUAUCCAACCUUUCCAUGAAGUAUCUGAAGGUGGAAGAUUGUCCGAAUCUGGAGUACGUGGAGAAUCUCGACAGGUUGCAACAGCUGGUCCUGAUAUGUCCACGACAAAUGAAGCAACUUCCGCAGUGGCUAUCAACCCUAAUUCAGCAGCGCCAAAGCAUUCCUUCCGCUCAGUGGAGCUUCAGAAAACUGGAACUGCAAUGCAACACCGUGCUGCUGAAGAGCUGUCUCGAGGGCAACGAGAAUUGGCAUAUCAUUCAACAGAUUCCAGAUGUCAUAAUUCAAACCUAUUCCAGGAAAAGUUAUAUUCGAUACAGCAAGCAUCCACGCAUGUACGAUGCAAAAGUAUGAUGAAUUCGUCGUUCCGGAUCAAUAAAAGGCAUUUGCCUGGUUAUUCUUCUUAUAGAUAUCUUGUGAAUAAAGAAGCUAUUUGGCGCAGGGAUUCGAUGAUGUCGUCCUACUAUCAAGACUGUAUGCUUGUUUGUUUCCUUCUACGUUACUUAUUUGUGUAUUUGCACCUACGCAAUAAUUAAUCUUUCCAAAAGAAUUUAGAACAAAUGAUGUGGUCAUGUAAAUAGUAUGAAGGCGUUGUCCGUAGGCAGUAUAGGUCAGCACGAAGAUGUUGUCACUGAUCCAUAUACGGAGAUGGCACAGGGAGAUGAUUGACAAGAACCUACGGGCAAAUUUACAUGGCUCAUCUUCUCGAUGUUUCUCUUCUUCAAAUGCUUCCUUUGGCAGGUCAUAAAACACUGAAUCCAUAGCUAGGUUCUCCUUCAACGUGAAGGCUGCUGCAUCCUCUUCGAGGCUAAAAACGAAUCCAAAAGACAUCUACUCGGUCAUUGCGGCUACAACUUCUCAGCAUUCUUCACUUUCCGUUCUUCCAUCUUUGUGGAGCCUCCCGGACAUAUAUGGGGAGUUAUUUGCAUGCAUGAAGACUUUAGCAGAACGGUGCGAGAGAGCCCGUGUGUACACACAAGAUGGAGCUACAUUGGAUGUUGCAUGACCUCUAGUUUGAUGUGUGUUCAGAUUGUUCCUUGUCAUAUUUGAUCAGAAUAAUAUAUUUUAUUAGAAUCUUUUGCAUCGUCGCCUCUUACGACUGUCGUUGACAGGUUCGAGAGAAUGAGUUCUGCUUGUACGAGUUUGUGUCCAUUGUGUAACAACACUCUAUUUAUUGGGUUGGUAUUAUUAUUUUUCUUUUAA